GGAGUGUGAACUGCAAUACCGACCUCUGAUAUAGUCGUGAUUCUGUCAAAAACCACGUCAGUGUUUGAUGGACGAGCAAAGUGAAAACACGCCUUAUCGCAGCAAUAGGCGAUUUAUUUUGUUAAUUGCCUGAGAAAAAACGUGCAAUUCAACUACAAUUCAAUUGUCUACCAACCCACCCAAACAUCCCGAAUAGAGUGAAUCUGUGUUUAACUGUAAGAACCUGGAAAAUCAAAGCAUUUUUAUCUCAACUCACUAACGAACAAUGACUGUGAUGAAGAGGAGAAUAAUUCCGGUGAUUAUUUUGGUGACACUUUUGGCCAUCUGGGAGACAACUUUGGCUCUCCCAGUGACGCCCAACAAAAAGGCUGAGGAGAAGAAGCAGGAGGUGCCUGAGGUUCAGAAGCCACGGUAUGAGGAGGAGUAUGAUCCAAAUGACCCCAGAGCUGAAGUAGAGAAUGUCCUUGAAUACCAGAAUUACCUGAAAGAAGUGGUGAAUGCUCUGGAAAGUGAUCCAGAUUUCAGGGAGAAGCUGAACAAAGUCGAUGAAGUGGAUAUUCGUACUGGGAAAAUUGCCCAGGAGCUGGAAUAUGUCAAUCAUCAUGUUCGUACGAAAUUGGAUGAGAUUAAGCGUACGGAAUUGGAGAGAUUGAGACAGCUCGCCAUCAAACAAUUUGAGAUGACAAAUGACAUUGACAGGGAACACUUGAAAAUCCCUGAACAUCUUGAUCAUUCGAAUCAGCACACUUUUGAGGUGGAGGAUUUGAAGAAGCUCAUCCAUAAGGCCAGUAAUGAUCUGGCUGAAGCGGAUAAGUUGAGACGGGAGGAAUUUAAGAGGUAUGAGAUGCAGAAGGAAUUUGAAAAGCAGGAAAAAUUGCGUUCAAUGGAUGAGGAGCAUAAGAAGAAGUACGAAGAGGAACUGAAGAGGUUGCAGGAGAAGCAUAAUAAACAUGAGAAAAUUCAUCAUCCGGGUGGGAAGGCACAAUUGGAGGAGGUUUGGGAGAAGCAGGAUCAUAUGGAAGGGCAAAAUUUUGAUCCUAAAACCUUCUUCAUGAUGCACGAUUUGGAUGGAAAUGGCUAUUGGGAUGAGUUAGAGGUCAAGGCGCUGUUUGUCAAGGAAUUGGACAAAGUGUAUCAGGCUGGAGUUCCGGAGGAUGAUAUGAAGGAGCGAGCUGAGGAAAUGGAGAGGAUGCGUGAGCAUGUGUUCAAAGAGGCUGAUGUCAAUAAGGAUAGUCUGAUUAGUUAUGCCGAAUUUCUGGAGCAGACCAUGAAAGAUGAAUUCAGAAAGGAUGAAGGAUGGGAUACGGUGGAUCAACAACCACAGUAUACCCAUGAGGAGUACCUGGAAUUCGAGAGGAAGCGUCAGGAGGAGAUUCAGAGGUUGAUAAACCAGGGAAUGCUUCCACCGCAUCCUAAUAUGCCGCAGGGAUACUACCCAGGACCUCAGGGACCCUACCAGGCUCCUCCACAGGGUGGAUAUCAUCCGCAGCAGCAGAUGCAUCCCAAUCAGAUUCCGCAGCAGCAAAUGCAUCCUAAUCAAAUGCCCCAGCAGCAAAUGCAUCCCAAUCAAAUUCCCCAGCAGCAAAUGCAUCCCAAUCAAAUUCCCCAGCAGCAAAUGCAUCCUAAUCAGAUUCCCCAACAAGGACAACCUCAAUUCCAACCUCCACCAGUGCCACAGCAGCCUCCGCAGCAGCAGAUUCAGAAUCCUCAGCAACAUCAACCUGUUCAGAAUCCACCACAGAAAGUAUCUGGAGUAGGACAGAAGCAGCCUAUGCAGCCUAUUGGGAAUCAGAUUCCUCCACAGGCAUCUCCGCCGCAAGCUCAACAACAGCCAAGUACUCCCUAAACUCCUUUAAAAAAAAUACCCCCCAAGACAACAACAUCCCAUAGCCCAGAACAAACAGCAUUAACAGCAUUAACUCAAGAGUGAGAGAGAUUGUGACAAGAGAUCCAAAGUCAGGAAUUUGCUAAAUUAAUAAAUUUUUACCAAUAAUGGUUUUUUUUUCAAAGCAGC